AUGUUGAGUUUUUUCCAGGAGGAAAGGCAACGUCGCAUCGAAGAAGAAUGGAAGAAACAUGAAGCAGAACAUCCUGUCGAUGAAGAACGGCAACGUGCUGAGCAAGAUAUGAAUGAACGGGCUCAUUUGCAGAGUCAAACAAAGCGUCGAAGUGCUGGUCCAGCGCCGGGAGCAGUUCCAAUUAUGCCGGGUAUUGCCCAACCGGUGACUCCGAAAGAACGGCCACAACCCAGAGAGGAGCUACCAGUGAGUGUUUUUAGCCACUUCCAGAAUUUGUUCUCAUUUCUAGUUAUUAUUAUCGUAUAG